CUCUCUCUCUCUCUGUUUAUAUAUUUUUUUCUAAAGCAUUAUUCUCACUUCUUAGAGUAACGCCAAAAAAGGGUCUCUUCUUCUUCUUCUUCACCCACCCUCCACUUUUCUUCUUCUGCAAAAAUAAUAGUUUAUCUCCAUCUGGGUAGUUAUGUCCAGAGCCAUUUUGUUGAGUUAGAGAGAGAUUAUGGGUGCUUGUGCAUCAACCCAUAGAAGCUCAGACACAGCCAUGAAGCUUAGACUGUCCUUUGGAUCCAAAAACGAUAAGCUUGGGAUCCCACCUUCACCGGUCAAAGAAAAACCAGCUGGUGGUGACUGUCUGAUCAAGGAUGUUGCUUUGAAACCUUGGUCUCCUUCUCCUUCUCCUUUGUCCAAGACUAUUGGGGAUUAUGGUAGUAAAGAGGAAGCCUUUUUCGAUUCCCAGCCUUGGUUGGAAUCUGAUUGCGACGAUGAUUUUUAUAGUGUCAAUGGUGAUUUCACCCCAUCUCGUGGUAACACACCAGUCCACGGAGGCUUCACAACAGGUUCUGCUCGAGUUAACAACAAGACCCCAUUUGAGGACAGAAUGCCAGGCUCGGUAACACCUGCGCCACCACCAACAGAGAGGAAAAAGAGGUUGCUUGAACUUUUCCAAGAGAGCAUGAGGGAGAAUGUGGAAGAAGCGAGCAACACGGCAAAUGGGACGCCUGAGGCAAAGCAAGCCGUUGGUCUUGACAUCCCUCCACCAAAAUCUGGCCGUGGCACGCCUUUCGUCUCUGGAGCUAACUCUGUGUGUAGUAGUGAAUGGACUCCCAUUGGAGAAAUGGUUAUAAGGGAUGAGGAGAAACCAAUGAGGUCUUCACAAUGCUGCCUUCCUAGCUUGAUAUCUUGCCGUAGCUUUAGUGACAGGAAGAAGAAAAUGAGCCCUGCCAUUGCUGUAAAUGAUAGGCCUUGAUGAUAUUAUUAUUAGUACAAUGUAGAUUGAAGGAAGAAGCCAAGAUUUAUAUGAAGUUUCGGUUUGGAUACUCCAAACUUCACAUAUGCCAAAAAUCAUGUAAAGUUGAAGAAGCUCUAUAUAUAUAUAUAUAUAUAAAUAUUCUAGUCAUAAAUAAAAUUUUGUGAAAAUUUGUGGCAUUCUGCAUAAUAUAAACUGAUUACAUA